UCAGUCUUCUCUCCACAUCAUGCUUUGGAAUUGGGAUAAGAAAACAGAAAAAGCCUCUUCCAAUCUCUCUCUCCUCUCUCACUCUCACUCUCACUGAUCCAAACUCCACACCCUUAACCAUGGCUACAGCCUCAGCAACUCUCUCAUCCCUUUCCUCUCUCUCCCUCCACACCGCAGCUAACUCUCGUAUCUCUCUCUCCAAACCCAGAAACCCCUUCUUCACAAAACCCACAAAACCCUCUCUUCACCACUCCUUUUCCUCACACCCCACAACAACCACCACCUUCACAGUCAAAUCCUCUGACAUAGACACCACCUUCUUCGAUAACUUCAACCCCAACGACGAAACCGACACCGUCUUCAACGCCCCCGAACGCCCUGAAGACUUUGUAGCCCCACCUUCCUUCGACGAGGGUCCAAUGGAGACCGAAGAAGAAAUAGCCACCGCGUAUGAAGAACUGUACGGACCAGCUUACAGUGGAGAGAGUUAUUUGGGAAAUGACAUAUACGUGAUGGACUCUAAGGUGCAAAAAAAAACUGGGUUUGGGUCCAAAACGAAGAGGGAAAAAGUGAAAGAUGGGUUCGAAGAGAGAGUUGUGCAGGUGAGAAGGGUGACCAAGGUGGUCAAAGGAGGGAAACAAUUGCAUUUCAGAGCAGUUGUGGUGGUGGGUGAUAAGCAAGGUCAAGUGGGUGUUGGAGUUGGGAAGGCCAAGGAGGUUGUUGGGGCUGUUCAGAAGUCCGCCAUUAAUGCUCGCCGGAAUAUCGUGUCUGUUCCCAUGACUAAGUACCUUACUUUCCCACAUAGAUCUGAGGGUGAUUAUGGAGCUGCGAAAGUGAUGCUUAGACCUGCUUCUCCUGGUACUGGAGUGAUUGCUGGAGGGGCUGUAAGAAUUGUUCUAGAACUGGCAGGUGUUGAGAAUGCUUUGGGAAAGCAACUGGGGAGUAACAAUGCCCUCAACAAUGCAAGAGCCACAGUUGUUGCAGUGCAGAAAAUGAGGCAGUUCAGGGAUGUUGCUCGUGAGCGUGGAAUCCCAAUGGAAGAGCUGUGGAAGUGAUGGCACUUGCCAAAGCUAUUCUUCUAUGUAGAUUUUAUACAUCAAACUGUGUAAGCCAGGCUCCUUAUAUUGGGAAGGAAGAAAGUUAGUUCACCUUUGACCUAAUUUUGUAACAAAAUGAUUAUUUCGAUUUUUUCUUCUUCGUAUCCCAAAUUGGGUGUAACAAAAUGACUGAAUCCUUCUUCUGUCUAUUCAGGCUUGGUUACGUGAGUUCAAUUGUAUGUUUACCAUUCAGCUUAAUCCAAAGCACAAUAUAAUGCUUGAAUUGAUA